CCUGUAGACUUUCCUGAAGAAACAUUCCCAGCUGAGACUUCACUACUGUCACAGCAUGGCGACGCCGGCGUGUAAAGAGGAGAUAAGCAAAGAAUGGCUCCAGGGCAUACUCACUCAGUACGAAUCAAGGUCAAAACCGAAGGCUUCUGUGGCCGUGACACAUUUCGAGGUCAACCCAGGAGUUGACCCUGGAGAAAAUUUCAGUUCUCAGUUGGUGAAGAUCCUCGUUGAAACAAAAGUAAGUGUUGGUGACCACGCUGAACACACCGCUAAAACAUUUAACUUGAUUGCCAAAUUCAUGCACGGAAGUGGAUUUCUGCGUGAAAUUGGAAAAGCCACGAAUGGACCAACAAAGGAGGUUAUGAUCUACAAUGAUGUUAUACCCGCUCUGAAUCAGUUUCAGUCCGAAAGAGGUGAUGGCAGCAACCAAGUGGAUAUUCCGGGUUUUGUUCAUGGCCGGUGUGUGGAAGGUGAAUUUGUAUUGGUGAUGGAGGACGUUAGAUUAUCAGGAUAUGUGAACAACGAUAAGAGCAAAGGACUCAGCCAUAAACAAAUAUUAAUGGCUGUUGAAAAGUUGGCUACGGUUCACGCUGUGUCUUAUGCCUAUAACAAAUUCCAUGAUUUUACACGCAAGUUUCCUCCAUUCAUAUACCAAGAGAGAGCUCCUGAUCAGUUUACGUUCUUUGUAAUGACCUUUUAUGACCUGUGCACAAAUCACUUGGAAAAGGUGAAAUACAACGAAAUCUUUUUAAAGAAACUACAUGCCAAUCGGGCUGCUGUAAAGCAGCGAAUCAAAUCGCUACUUCUCCCACAGAAUCAAAAACUGAAAUGUCUUUGCCACGGGGACUACUGGAACAAUAACUUCAUGUUUAGAUCAGACAAACCGGACGGGCUGAGCGACCCAGACGCCAUCAUGCUCGUCGACUGGGGCAACACACAGUGGUACACUCCUGUCCUAGACCUUCAGUACUUGAUCCACACAUCCACUGGGCUUGACUUCAGAAAGAAGCAUCGCGAGGAAAUUCUGCAACACUAUUACUCUACGUUUACUGCCAUAACUACAAGACUGGGAGCACCUGUCCCCUCCUGGACGUUCGAUGUUUUCAAAGAGGAAUGUCAAAAGGCAAGGAUAUUCGGCGUGGUGAUGGGUAUGACUGUUACCCUGAUUACUUUAUCAAAGCAGAAUCAAACGAUGCCCUUGGUGCUAACUAAACCUGUAAACUCAUCCAGCUUGGGUUGGAAAAUCAGCUGUCGCCUCGGGAGACUUUUAGCUCCACUCUUCCACAGCAAAAUGAUGCAACCUUUGGGGCGGUCCUUCUUCACGAAAUGGCUGGGACCUAUUUUUAGUGAACUUACCACAGGGAAGAACGAAAUCAUGAAUGAACGUUUUUAUGACUUACUCGCUGAAGCUGAUGAAGAUGGAAUCUUUGACAGUUAGAAUGGUUUGAACCCGGGAAUACUCAUUUUCCAAAGGCAUUUAGUCAGAUACCAGACUAUUCAUUUUGAUUAACUUUCUUUUUGGAAUGAUUAUAGAUGUUGUAUAUUUUUGUUUUAUUUAACCUAUUGCCGCCGGGGAAAAGGAACAAAAAAUGGGGAAAAUGCUGUGCCUAUUUUCUAUACUUUUUUGUUAAAUGUCUGCCCAUAGAUGACUCUGUUAGUGCUUGAUUUGAAACACGUAUUUUUCACUAGUGCCAUGAAUAUCGAUGGUGUUAUUUUUAUCAUAAACAAUAUAAUUUUCAUAAUGUUUUUCAACAUUAGUAACAGCAAAAUAAGAUACCGUAAAAUAUUUCGUAAAUCAAAGAAAAGGGUGAACGGGCGAGACAGGCGGUACUCGUAACUGGCUCAUUGGUGAUUUAGUACAAGUGUAGCCAUCUAUGUGUGAAAACAAUCUAACAACUAAUCUCACAGUGGCCAUGGCAUGGCAUGCCCGGCGGGAAUGGGUUAAGGUAUAAUCAGUACUUCCAUAUGCUGGUGGACAAAUGGAAUGUAGUAUUUUUGUAUUAUAUGCAGUCAUUUUAUUGUGUAAAUAGGUUAAAUAAGAAUUUAUCAGUUCAUCAUACAUAUUUGAAUGUUGGUGAUUUUUAAUCAUAGAAUGAUUAGGCACAUUAGCACAUAUGCAUGUACAUACACACAUACAUGCGUGCACGCGUGUGUGUGUGUGUAUGUGUGUGUGUGUGUGUGUGUG